AUGUCCAAAGCAACUUUGGCAGUCAUCGCUGCUGCCAGUGCAGCCACCGGUGCUGGUGUCACUGCCCUCCUUUACUCCGGAAAACCCUCUAAGCCGCAACAACAGCUGCCAACACCCACCGCUGCCGGCGCUUCGACAAUCACUCCCCCAACUCUACCUACCAAAACCACCGGCCCCGUGAACCCAGCCGGAAUCCUCCAGUAUGGAUUCCCCGGACCCGUUGCCGACGAGCUCUCCUCUCUCCCUCUCCACGGUGCCUUUGAUCGCCGCACCCGUAACCCGUCCUGGGUAGCCGAGCACAUCACACCGCAAUCAUUGGCCAUCAACAAUGCAGACCGCAAGAAGAGCACCUUCUUCGAAGACACCAGUGUUCCGACGAUGUUCCGCGCGAAGCUGUCCGACUACUUCCGCUCUGGCUACGAUCGCGGCCACCAAGUUCCCGCUGCGGAUGCCAAGUGGUCCCAGGACGCCAUGGACGGCACUUUCUCUCUCUCGAACAUGUGCCCCCAGGUCGGAGAGGGUUUCAACCGUGACUACUGGGCUCAUUUCGAGACCUGGUGCCGCGAUCUUACGAAGACUUACCCCUCCGUUCGCAUCGUGACUGGUCCCCUAUACCUGCCUCACCGUGACCCCGAUGGAAAGUGGCGCGUGAACUACGAGGUUAUCGGUACCCCACCAAAUGUCGCUGUGCCUACCCACUUCUACAAGGUGGUCUACGCCGAGGACGGAACCAACUCACCUACUGCCAAGGUUGCGCUUGGUGCUUUCGUCUUGCCCAAUGCUCGCAUUGCGAACGACAAGCGUCUGACCGACUUCGAGGUUCCCCUCGAGGCCGUUGAGCGUGCUUCUGGUUUGGAGUUCGGCUCCCAGUUGGAUUUGAGCCGCCGUCGCCGCCUCUGCCAGGAGGUGGCUUGCCAGAUCACCGUUCGCGAGUUCAACAAUGCCAAGAAGCGUUCUUGA